GAUACAGCAGGCUGAACCAGAAUACAAAAAAGCCUUCACAGAUGAACUAGAGGCCUUCAAGCAGCGGGUACAGAAGCGAGCAGCCCAGAAGAUGGAGGAGUUGAUCAAGGAGGCAGAGGAGGAAGAACGACAGGCUCGACUUGGUCCUGGCGGCCUUGACCCUCUAGAGGUGCUUGAGGACCUGCCUGAGGAGCUGAAAAAAUGUUUUGAGAGCCAGAACAUUGAAUUACUACAGGCAACAAUAGAGAAGAUGGCCCCAGAGGAAGCAGCUCAUCACAUGAAGCGCUGCGUUGACUCGGGGCUUUGGGUACCUGAUGCCAAUGCUGUCAAGAGCGAGUAGCAAUAUACAAAGAUAACUGUUGAGCAUUCAAUGAUGUAUUAUAAAUAAGUGUGAUAAUGCAAUUAUCAUAACAGUAUAAAUGGAAUAAUAGUGUGCUGUCUUAACUAUAAUUAAGAGUACACAAGCACUUGCCUCCAUCUGAGGGCAGUACAGUACUGUACGUACAGUAUUACAUUGUCUGUUGGAGGCAAUUCAGAAAAAGAUUCAAUCUUUCACCAUCACAAUAUUUGUAUUUAUUUUAAUUCAUUUUUAUAUUUUUACAUGUAAAGAGAAUAUUAACCUUGUAAACAAUUUGGAAAUUAUGCAAUCGAUGUUUUAUAUUGUCCCAGAGCCAAAUGUAUUAAUGACUUCUUCAUUGACAUUUGACAAAUGAACUGUCCCAUUAUAUAAAAUAUAUUAAUGAUAUAGGUACAGAUAUUGUCCCAUUAUAUAUAAUAUAUUAAUGAUAUAGGUACAGAUAAUGUUCCAUUAUAUAUAAUAUAUUAAUGAUAUAGGUACAGAAUAUAUCAGAGCCUGUCAUUUCACUUUACUGUAGAGUAGAAUAAAACAAACAUUUUAAGUCAUGACUGAGUUAAUAUGUAGUAUUGAUGUUGUGCAUUCACACACAAUUUAUUUCUGCUUUUCAAUGUAAUUAUUUUUCACAAUAUUAUGUUUUCCCUACAUGAUUAUAUUAUCUAUACAAAUAAAUAAGUAAAAUAAAAAAAAUUU